CUUACAGAACGAACUGAACAGUCAGUUGAGUUGUAAACGAAUCGUUUGUAAACAAGCAGUUUUCGAGUUUGUUUAAUUUCACAUUUACUUCCGGACUUUGUAAUGUGUCUGUAGUUAUAGUCCCUCUGAAAAUUUGGGUAGAAUUGUUCUGUUUACUACACUCUCUGUGGUUUCACGUAGUUAGUGUCUAUUUGGUGAUAGGACGGAAGCAAGGGUGCUAUUAGCAGUAAGACACAUGGCUCAACGAAGUAUCACUAACUUUUUCAAAAAAUCUACGGCCAAACGGAAUAAUGCAGAAGACGAAAGUGUUGACCCUAAACGACAGAAAACCGAUGAACUUCAAUCGGACGUAAACGUUAGCGCUGAAAAACUUGGAUCGUUGGAUCCGACUCUAUCGAAUGUCGGCACAACAUGGUUCAAUGCAUUGAAGUCGGAAUUCUCAAAAGAUUACUUUGGAAAGUUGUGCUCGUUUUUGGAAGUGGAACGUAAAAAUCAAACGAUCUAUCCUCCGGCUCACCAAGUUUACACAUGGACUCAAAUGUGCAAAGUGAACGAUGUUAAAGUUGUGAUUUUGGGACAGGACCCUUAUCACGGGCCGAAACAGGCACAUGGCUUAUGCUUCAGCGUUCAGAAAGGAGUUCCUCCUCCACCCAGUUUGAAAAAUAUGUACAAAGAACUGAAAACCGACAUUCCCGGAUUUGAAGCUCCCACUCACGGCGAUUUAACUGGUUGGGCCAAACAAGGGGUACUUUUGCUAAAUGCAUGUCUAACUGUAAGAGCAAACAAUGCAAAUUCUCAUGCCGGUAAGGGAUGGGAAGACCUGACCGAUGCUGUAAUCAAGUACUUGGACCAAAGCUGCAACAAUAUUGUGUUUUUAUUGUGGGGAGCCUAUGCCGAGAAAAAGGGCAGCGUCAUCAAAAACAAAUCUCAUUUGGUGCUGCGAACCACUCAUCCCUCACCUCUGUCAGCACAUCGUGGCUUUCUGGGGUGUAAACAUUUCUCUCAGACGAAUGCAUUUCUGGAAAAGGUUAACAGGAAACCAAUUGAUUGGAAUCAUUUACCAUAAACCAUGUUGGUUGGGUGAACAACAGCGAUUUAUAAAUUUCGCUUGCAUGUUUUGCGAUUAAAAGAAUGUCGAUAAUUUAUGCAUA